AUGAGUAACAGUAGUGAUACGGUGAUUGGUUUUGUGCUAAAUAUUACGGCGUGUUUUGCCUUCGGCUUUAUGUUUGUUCCACUUCGAAAAUUUCAAUGUGGAGAUGGCUUCUUCGUUCAGUGGGUAUAUAGCAUUGCUGUAUUCGUUAUUGGCUUUGUGGUUAACUGCUUCCGAGGCUUUCCACCAUUUCUACCCUUGGCUAUGGUUGGUGGAGCUGUAAGUGCUGCAGACUUUUUUGGUUACCGUAUUGCUAACAGUGAGAUUUUCGCAGCUACAUAUGGAGAAUUUUGGGGAAUAUCCUCGACUAUACGCUAUUUAUUUCUUAGACGCUUAUUUCCAGGAAGUAUGGCUGCGGUUCCACUUAUGAAGAACCUUGGUUUGAGCGUUGGUAUGAUGCUAUGGGGCGAUGUCCAAGCCGUUACUGGCUGGUCAAUUGCCCGAUUUGGUUUAUUUGGCACUAAACCUCAACCUGUUUACAACAAUGCAAUGAAUGUUGCUGGUGUUAUUAUCGUCGUUGUAAGUGGUGUGAUGUUUGCAUUUGUAAGACACGAGACACAACAAAAGGAGUUGUUGAAGAAAAAUCGCCUAAUUAUGAAUGAGAAAAGUGAAGGGGAAGUGAUUGAAGAGGAAGAGGCAGAAGGUAGAGCCGAUGAAGGCCCAACUAAUAGCAAAACACGUUCAAAUCAGUUGCCGCUAGAAAGGUCACAGUCUCGCAAGCUUCAGUUUCCUUUAAUCAAAUUGUUAUACGUUGGGAUGGCUGUUAUCAUUGGGAUUUCACAUGGUUUUAAUAUGACUCCAAUUACAUAUAUCGUGGAAAAUUACGCCAGUGCUUCUCACGAUGUUCUGGACCAUAUAUUUGCUCAUUAUUGUGCUGUGACUCUCUGUACCACAGUUAUCUUUAUUGCGUAUAGUAUUGUGAAAAAAAAUAACCCAUUUGCGCAGUCUGAACUAAUCUUACCUUCUUUCCUUUAUGGUGUGUUCUGGAGUGGUGGAAUGGUGUUAUUUUUUAUUGCAAACAGGCUGCUCUCUCAGACUGUUAGCUAUCCAAUCACAAUGAGGCUACCAUCGACAAUAACACUGGUUGGUGACGUAUUACUCUUUAGAACUGUCAAGGUAGACUUUUUUUCAAUUGUCAGAUUUGACGUAUUGGACAAUGACUACUUCAUUUGA